AGGAAACUCACACACGCUUGGUCUCCGAGCUUCCUUCUCCACACGGGCUUUGAAGCUCUGAUCCUCUGUGUAACUUCACUAAAGUGUCCUGAUUAUUUACUCCUCUUAUAAUGAAAUCAGAGUCCAGACCCCGCUCUUUAGGAAAAUCUCCACAGACUCCUGCUGCUACUGGCUCAGAGAUGUACCACUGCUCAGAUUGUGGGAAGAGUUUUAUUAAAAGUCAUCAUCUCAAAGAUCAUGAGCGCAUUCACACAGGAGAGAAGCCAUUUGACUGCUCCCAGUGUGGGAAGAGUUUUACUCAUCAGAGUACUCUCCAACAACAUGAGCGCAUUCACACAGGAGAAAAGCCAUAUUACUGCUCCCAGUGUGGGAAGAGUUUUAAUAAAAGUCAUCAUCUCAAAGAUCAUGAGCGCAUUCACACAGGAGAGAAACCGUAUGACUGCUUCCAGUGUGGGAAGAGUUUUACUCGUCAAAGUCAUCUCCAACUACAUGAGCGCAUUCAUACAGGAGAGAAGCCGUAUCAUUGUGGACAGUGUGGGAAGAGUUUUACUCGUCAGAGUCAUCUCCGACUACAUGAGCGCAUUCAUACAGGAGAGAAGCCGUAUCACUGUGGACCGUGUGGGAAGAGUUUUACUCGUCAGAGUCAUCUCCAACGACAUGAGCGCAUUCACACAGGAGAGAAGCCGUAUCACUGUGGACAGUGUGGGAAGAGUUUUUCUCGUCAGAGUAAUCUCCGACUACAUGAGCGUGUUCACACAGGACAGAAGCCAUAUUACUGUGGACAGUGUGGAAAGAGUUUUGCUUGCCAGCGUAAUCUCCAAAUACACAAGCGCAUUCAUACAGGAGAGAAGCCUCAUCACUGUGGACAGUGUGAGAAGAGUUUUUCCCAACUAAGUAAUCUCCAACGACAUGAGCGUGUUCACACAGGAGAGAAGUUGUAUCAUUGUGGACAGUGUGGGAAGAGUUUUACUUGCCAGAGUAAUCUCCAAAUACACAAGCGCAUUCACACAGGAGAGAAGCCAUAUCUCUGUGGACAGUGUGAGAAGAGUUUUACUUGUCAGAGUCAUCUCAAACGACAUGAGCGCAUUCACACAGGAGAGAAGCCAUAUCACUGCUCGCACUGUGGGAAGAGUUUUAUUCGUCAGAGUCAUCUCCAACGACAUGAGCGAAUUCACACAGGAGAGAAGCCGUAUCACUGCUCACAGUGUGGGAAGAGGUUUCGUGACCAGAGGGCCUUCCACAGCCACCAGCAGAGUCAUACAGGACAGAAGCUGUACCUCUGCGGACAUUGUGGGCGGAGCUAUACUUAUUCAAGUUCAUUAAGGACACACACGUGCUCUAACAUAAAGCCAUCAGAUUUAACCAUUUGAAUUUGUCAAAUUAAGAUAAAUUUUUUAAAGGGAGGUAAAGAGACAUUCAUAUUGUAUUAUUUGUCAUGGACUGUAGUAUUCUGUUGAAUGGGCUUUUAUUGCUUACUCUCUGGAUUUUAGCAAAAUUCAUGAUUUUAUGUUUUCCUGUUUUUCCCCAACACUACAAUACCAAGUAUGGAAUACAUAUAUUUAACCAGUGGGAAUGCCCACUUUAAUCGACCAAUCCAGACUGCUGAGUGAGACACAUGACUCUAACUUCUCCCUCUAACAUAACUUUCAUUUUAGAUGAUUUUUAAAUACAAACUAGAAUUUGCUUUAUAAAAUAUCGUGUUGUGUUUACAGGCAAUUUGAAGAGAGAAUUCUUGUACAAGUUGCUCCAUCCUUGCAGCGUCCAUUUAACUAUAGCUAACUACAAUGUAUGGCCAAAAGCAUGGGGAUGCCUGACGACCACACCCAUAUAUACCUUUUGAACAUCCUCUGAUGGAACGGCAUCCAAUCCAUGGUCCCUUGAGCCCAGUGUUCCUGAUGUAGUUUUCAGCUUUAGUGCAACCCUGACCAGGAUAACACAGUUACACAGUAAGAUCAAUGAAUGGAUUUUUGUUGUAUUUAUGUUCCUAUAAGAAGUAAGAAAAUAUUUGUAUGACCUACAAGUCUUAGAAUUUUUACUGCCGGAUCACUAUCACAGUCGUGAAUAUACAUUGAAUGGAGUAUUGAGAGAGUACAUUACCAGGGGUCUGGGUUUGAUGACCCCUUCACUUUAGUAAAUCACAUGUUUAAUAAUACACCAAGUUUAUACUUUCCUUAUUAAUCAACAAAAAUUCUCCAUAAUGCAAAACUUAAAUGGGUUUUCUCAUUGUGUAAUUUCCUUUUAAAAAUGUGAAAUGUUACAUUUAUAAAUCUUCAGAUGCUUUGCUUUGAUACUCACAGAUUAGCUCAUGUAUAUUAAUCAUCCUUCAGGUUUCUUCAACUUGAAUAAAGUUUACAUGUGGGAUAUUUUAUGAGUUUAAUAUUCGAAUUACAUUACUACCAGUAAUUUCAUCAAAAGAUUUUGAAUGAUGCUAUUAAUAUGCUGGGCAAAAGUCCACUAAAAGGAUUCUAGUAUAACAAGCUAAAUAUUUCAGAUAUCACAGAAUAAAUCUGACGCACUGCCUCACAGCAUUGCCAUAUUCUUAGGUUUAAUCCAGACCAAAUAAUUCUAAUAGAAUUUAAAUAUGGAGACACAGAUAAGAAACUGCAAAACACUGAUGCUGUGUUGGCAGGUUAGACAUUCAGCAAAGAUGAUCAGGAAACGGGAUUGAUCUUCACACAAUCUCUCUUUUAUUCACUUUGAGUGUCUUUAUAUCACCAACAGAAAAAUCAAAAUGUCUACACCUGUCUACAGAGUGAAAAGGCCUUGCUCAUGUAGAAAGGACAGAAAAGAGAAUGGAGGAGAAAUAAAUAAGAAGGGAGUCUGGGGAAGGGAAUGUUAUCAUCUCUGGUCUUGGUGUGUUCAAUCACAAAGAUCCACUGUAACAAAAAACAUACUACAAGUCAUAUUCAGAGACCGCUCUAGAUAUAAACCUUUCAUAAAGAAUGUUAUAUAUAAUACAUAGAAAUGUUCUGGAGUCCUGAAACUACUAUACUAUCACAAAGCUAACAGAUGGUGUGUGUGAGGUACAAAAGCACAUUUAACAUAAAGUUAACAUUGUUAUUUUUUUGUGAUGUUUACUUACCCAGAAAACUAACUGCUACUAACUAGUGUAGUGUGUGUGUUAGCUUUUCUCCCACUCACAUAUGCAGAUCAGAGACAUAAUUUAAAAAUGAAACAAAAAAAUAUAUAAUGAUAAAAUCUCUAUUUGUCACAGAGACAAAUGGUUACAGGGCUGUUGAGCAACAAAUAUUUAGCCUUAUUUAACAGAUGUCAGGAUCAAGUGUUAUAACCAAAUUACAAUACAAUCAAUAAGUUGAACACUGAUACCUGGAUUAGCCUCAUCUUUAUGUUCGUGUUAAACCUGGCUGAUGUGGUUUUAUUUGUUUUGUUUUUUUGUUGUUUUUCUGAAAAGAUUUGAAAUGUCCGUUUCAAAUAUUUUGAUAUAUACACCCACAGAACGGAUAGAAAAAAUAAGUUGUAACUGAUUGUUUUGGUUGUGAAUAACAAUAAUUUACCUAUUUUUAACACUUUUGAGCUACUGUUGUACAGCUACUGAAUACAGCACUCUGAAUAUGAGCCAGCUCAAAGAGUCGACUCAUUCCCCAAAGGACUCAUAACUUGUAAUGAAUCCUCAUUUUUAAAUUGAAAGAGUUUCUCCUUCAACCUCGACCCCAUUUUGUGGAGUGGUUGGAAAAGUUAAAACAGAAUCUUUAAGGCAGAAAUGGUGAUAUUCAUCAGGGGUGUGAGCUGGACUGUUAAUCUUCCGGGGCUGAGCCCAGAUUCUUCUCCAGCAAAAAAACUUUUAAAAAUGUACUUGUAAAUAAACUGUUUCUUGGAUGUGAGGGCUAAUUGUUUUGGGUCUCUACCAUGAGAUUAGGCUAGUUUGCUAAUUUGGCCUGAGCUACUGCCCUGAAUACACAGGCCGGUCUAUGCCCCUCCAGGUAGUGUUACCUGUACCUCAUGCGCAGCAGAUUUCUUACAAAUGAUUUUACACAAGUUUUUUUUAUACAAUAUAUCCUCAUUCUUCUUAUAUAAAGUCAUUUAUUGUAAAGAAAUUACUAACCUCUCGUCAACAGUCCUUGUUGUGUGACAUUAAUAUUAGGGGUGUAAACUGGCCUGAGCAUU